AUGGCGCCUCUGACGAUUGCGUCUCGUGCGCUCGCGCGAGGAGUAGCGAAAUCCUGUAGUCGUGUAAAUGCCGCCCGCGCACUCAGCACUACUACUCAGCUCAACGAUGCCGCCGGUUCUUACUCCAGCCCGUUUAAGGGCGAGUCUAAGUCUACCAAGAUCCCCGACUUCGGCCACUAUAUGGCUAAGAACAGCUCCAAUACGAAUCUGCUCUUCCAGUACUUCAUGGUUGGAACUAUGGGCGCUAUUACUGCUGCCGGGGCCAAGUCUACUGUGCAAGAAUUCCUAAAGAACAUGUCCGCAUCCGCCGACGUCUUGGCUAUGGCUAAGGUCGAGGUCGACCUCAAUGCUAUCCCCGAGGGCAAGAAUGUCAUCAUCAAGUGGAGAGGAAAGCCCGUGUUUAUCCGACACCGUACCGAAGACGAAAUCAACGAGGCGAACUCCGUCAACGUCUCAUCGUUGCGUGAUCCCCAAACCGACGAGGACCGUGUCCAGAAGCCUGAGUGGCUGGUCAUGUUAGGUGUCUGUACGCAUCUAGGUUGUGUGCCCAUCGGCGAGGCGGGAGACUUCGGCGGGUGGUUCUGCCCGUGCCACGGAUCGCAUUACGACAUCUCGGGACGCAUAAGGAAAGGACCGGCGCCGCUCAACCUCGAGAUCCCCUCGUACGAGUUCCCCGAGGAGGACAAGCUAAUUAUCGGUUAA